ACAGCGGUCCUAUAUCAUAGUCGGUUUCUCACUUGAAGCUAAACGGCUGUGAUUUUAUUCCUUCCCCCUCCGCCCCGAGAGCAGAAUACCAGGAUUUCUAUCUACGUAUCAAUAUCUCUCAACUCAACGAUGGCUCCAACUCCAACCCUUGAGCCAUUCCACAUCCUCGACGAUACCAGGAAGGAUAACAGAGCAUUACCAGCCUUCAUGGUGAGCACUACUAGAGGAUUUCUCCCCAGGGAUGUAAGUGCCCCCCCCCCCACUCCCUCCCUACUUAUACUCACCCUAACAUGAUAUACCCAGGAACCCAUCACCAAACUCCCCGCCGAAUUCGCUGCGCUGGAUACUCUCCUCCACCGCUGCCCGCUAGAGACCGCCACGGGCGAAGCCGGCCUCUUGUCCCAAGGUCGGCUGGGCGAGGUGGUCGAGCAGGAAUUCCCGAACCUUGCCGAGCAUGUAACCAAGUUCGCGAACGACCAGGUCAUGCUUACAGCGCUGUACCGAGACUACAGCUUCCUGGCGAGUUCGUACCUACUCGAACCAUGCCAUCACAAUAUGCUGAAGAGCGGAAGUUACGGGUUGGGGAGGAGUGUGUUGCCGGAAAAUAUUAGCAUGCCGUUAGCUGAGGUUGCGAGGUUGUGAGUUCCCCCCGAGUAUCAUGCCCUUUCUUAAAAUAGUUCUUGUUAACAGGGUUAGGACUGGUGAAGUUCCCAAAAUUGAAUCCUUCCUUAAUCUUCUCCUUUUUUAUAUAUAUAAGUUAAUGUUGGCGGAUUUUUUUUUUAGGUUUUCAACCAUUCAUGGAGUACGCUGGCAGCUACGCACUCUACAAUUACCGCCUUCUAGAUCCUGCGUUGGGACUAACGUACGACAACAUCGCGCUGAUCCGCGCUUUCGAGAACGGCCUAGAUAGGACCUCGUCCGAGGCGGGGUUCGUGCUCACACACGUUGACAUGGUGAAGGAGAGCCCGCAACUCGUCGCUGGAGCGGUGAACACUCUUAAAGGAGCGGAGUACUACCUUGCGCAUGGUGACAAACAGUUGUUUAAAGAUGGGUUGAAGGAAGUCGUGAACAGCUUGACGAAGAUUAACCGUGUGCUAGAAAGUUAGUACCAUUUUGUAUUCCCAUACAGGGACAAUCGGUGAUAACCCAUGACGCUAAAAAAAACGCCCUAAUGUAUGCAGGGAUGUGGUCCCGCUCAAAACCUGGGGAAUACCAAAAGUUCCGAACGUAUGAUAGAUCAUUCCUCUCUCCUCCCUCCCAACUUCCCGAAACCUUGAGAAAUUCCACUGAAACCCUAACCCAACCCCAACGGCUUGAAAAGGUUCAUUUUCGGAAUAACCGGACAAUCAAUGUUCCCCAAUGGCGUGAUCUACAAGGGCGUCUCUGACACACCAUUCUCCUUCCGUGGUGAGUCCGGAGCGAAUGAUAGCAUGGUUGAUCCUCCCCCCCCCCCCCCCCCCGCCUACCAUAACUAACCCCCACCCUACUCCAAAGGUCCCACUAAGCGACAACCUCCUCCAAAUCCCCAUGCCCGAAACUCCCUUGACGGAUAUAUUGAAAGACUUCCGCAAGUACCGCCCGGGAAACCACAUGGAGUUUCUAUCCUGGGUAAAGUCUUCCGCGAAGCAAGUCGGAGUCAAGAAGCUCGCGCUCGAGGAUGUGGAGUCCGCUAGUACCUUCCCUUCUUCCCCCCAAUCCCACUUUCUGCACAGCACUGAUAGGGAAAAAGCGCUCUACCUCCACGCCCUAGAUCAAGUGCGUGACUUUCGCUGGCGUCACUGGAAUUUCACCCGCGAGUAUAUUAUCAAGAAGACAGUUCAUCCGACGGCGACUGGGGGGUCGCCGAUAAUUAGAGUGCUUUUUUUUCCUCCUUCCUUCCUUAUGCCCCGUGCAGUACUAAAGUAAGCAGUGGCUACCAAACCAGCUCAACGCAGUGAUAAACGCCCAAAUGGAGGUAUUCAAAGUCCUCGAGGACCUCGGUCACUCCACACCCGAAACCGCUGAAGUGCGCGAGAAGGUUACAAAGCAGAAGGCGGACCUGGCGAAGGAGGUGGAAAAGUUUUGCGUCGAGAGGGGGGUUUGAUGGUGUGAAUACUUUUUUCCCUUUUUCCUCAUUCCAUAUUUUGAAGAGAGAGGUGGGGGGGUGAGUGUAUGUCGAACGAAUGAAACGAAUUCCAUUGCCCUAUC